UGCUUGCGGGGCGCGGGUCACGGGCUGCACUCGUGAGUUGACCGCAGGAGCGCCUUCUUGGAGGACAGAGCGCGGAGAGAGUGGCCGGGAGCUGGCGCAGGAUUGGCAGAGUCGAGGAGCGUGGCCUCCCUGAGCGGGCAUUUGGAGUGAUGUUGUGGCGCCAGGGGCUUGGAGGAGAAAUACAUGUAUUUUAGGCUGUCUCUCAGAGGAAGAGGGAGCAGCCCUGAUGAGUGACUGAAACUGACCAGGAAGAGGCCUCAGAAUCUGGAGUUGAGGACUUGGAAUAUGCUAAAAAGCCGAUGUUUUCUUUGGGAGAAUCUAAGGACCUGCUGGUGCCCAGGACAGUGACCUGGAUCACGGAAGACAGAUGAAAAACAAGAGGGUCCUUUUACCGGCAUGGCUUGGAUUGCUACAGGGAAGCUCCCGGUGGAACACCACUGUCCCUUAGUGGGGGCAGCAUCUAAGGCUGGACAAGGGACUGGGUGGUGAGUGAUUCUGGGGAAGUCUGGCUAAGCCUGUUCAAGAACUCAAGGGCCCACCUGCCCGGAAGCGUUUUUCUCCCGGAAUAUGGCUCCCAACACUUCUACCAUGGACGGGGCGGGGCUGGCCGUGGAGAGGGACUUCUCCUUUCGCAUCCUCACGGCCUGUUUUCUGUCGCUGCUCAUCCUGACCACUCUCCUGGGGAACACCCUAGUCUGUGCCGCUGUCAUUAGGUUUCGACACCUGCGGUCCAAGGUGACCAACUUCUUUGUCAUCUCUUUAGCUGUGUCAGACCUCUUGGUGGCUGUUUUGGUCAUGCCUUGGAAAGCGGUGGCUGAGAUUGCUGGCUUUUGGCCCUUCGGGUCUUUUUGUAACAUUUGGGUAGCCUUUGACAUCAUGUGCUCCACCGCAUCCAUCCUUAACCUCUGUGUGAUCAGCGUGGACAGGUAUUGGGCUAUUUCCAGCCCUUUCCAGUAUGAGAGGAAGAUGACCCCCAAGGCAGCCUUCAUCCUCAUUAGUGUAGCAUGGACUUUGUCUGUUCUUAUCUCCUUUAUCCCAGUGCAGCUAAGCUGGCACAAGGCAAAACCCACAUGGCCCUUGGAUGGCAAUUUCACCUCCCUGGAAGACACUGAGGAUGACAACUGUGACACGAGGUUGAGCAGGACCUACGCCAUUUCAUCCUCCCUCAUAAGCUUUUACAUCCCCGUGGCCAUUAUGAUCGUCACCUACACCAGUAUCUAUAGGAUUGCCCAGAAACAGAUCCGGCGUAUUUCAGCCUUGGAGAGGGCAGCUGUCCACGCCAAGAACUGCCAGACCACGACAGGCAAUGCAAACCCUGUUGAAUGCUCUCAGUCAGAAAGCUCCUUUAAGAUGUCCUUCAAGAGAGAGACGAAAGUGCUGAAGACCCUGUCAGUGAUCAUGGGGGUGUUUGUGUGCUGCUGGCUCCCGUUCUUCAUCUCAAACUGUAUGGUACCCUUCUGUGGAUCUGGGGAGACCCAGACAUUCUGCAUCGACUCCAUCACCUUUGAUGUAUUUGUGUGGUUUGGGUGGGCCAAUUCUUCCUUGAACCCCAUCAUUUAUGCCUUUAAUGCUGAUUUUCAAAAGGCAUUUUCAACCCUGUUAGGAUGCUACAGACUUUGCCCUACAACAAAUAAUGCCAUAGAGACAGUGAGCAUUAACAACAAUGGGGCUGCGAUGUUUUCCAGCCACCAUGAACCUCGAGGCUCCAUCUCCAAGGACUGCAAUCUGGUUUACCUGAUCCCUCAUGCCGUGGGCUCCUCAGAGGACCUGAAAAAGGAGGAGGCAGGCGGAAUAGCUAAGCCACUGGAGAAGCUGUCCCCGGCCCUAUCGGUUAUAUUGGACUAUGAUACUGAUGUCUCUUUAGAAAAGAUCCAACCUCUCACACACAGUGGGCAGCACUCAACCUGAAUUUUGGGUUCCCAGCUCUGAAGCUAGGAGCUCCAUGGGGCCUGCAGUUAAGGAGUUAAGGUCUGGUGGGACUGUGAGGUACCAUGCGAUCCCUCUGCUGCUUUUGAACAAUUACAAAGCUUUCCAAAUGCGUUCAUUCCAGUGUGUUUUCUAGUUACUCACAGUCUGAUGGGGACGCGUGAAGAGCUGCGAGGAAAAUGACUUUGGCUCUGAAAUCACUUUUG